CGUACUGCGUGCGUGUGUUUACCCCACUGGGAACUAUUGCACCCCGGAACGCGGUUUGCCACAAACAAACGGCAACAUGUCGUGGGUAUUUCACCUGCUGUGGAUGUUCCUGGUGCUGAUGCUGUUCUUUAUCGUGCUGCGACGGAUAUACUAUUUCGGCCUACACAUGAACCGGCCAGCUCAUCCCUCGCAAGUGACCAGCUUACGCAACCAAACAGGCCAACGCUUCACGGUGUUCACCAUCUACCAGAACGAUCGCACGGCGGUUCCUGCAGCUUCCGAGCGGAGUCAACCACCGGAAUACACGGAACCGCCGCCACCUCCGAAAUACGACGAUGUGAUAAAGUCACCGAAUCAAUUUCCAAAACCUCCACCUUACGAUGCGACUCCACCGGCGCAAAGCACGGCGUAAUCUACUGGUU